AUGGGGAAUCUGAAUACUCCUAACUCCGGAGAAGGUGCGACCGAUCCAGCUCUUGGGUCAGGCGUAGCCAGGGUAACGCACAAAGGGGCCAAGAAUCCUCAGGUCCACAACCUGGAGGAGAGUGAUUCCGAGCCAGAAUCUGAUAAGGAGACGCCUGAAAAGAAAUCAGCGAGGGAGUCCUCUAUGACUGCCUAUCUCGAGAAGAUGUUCUCCAAGAGAUUCGACGCCAUGCAGUCCAUGGUGGAACGCCUACCAGGAGUAGCUCCCCCAAUCCGAAGGAGUAACCCGGACUUCUACGCAGAUACCCCCUUCGUGGAAGGAAUCACCUCGGUCGAGAUGCCUAGGAAGUUUUCCUUCUCCAGCAUAAAGAUGUACGACGGCACGGGCAACCGCGACGAUCAUAUCGCUCAAUACAAGCAACGGAUGCUCGCGGUUGCACUUCCAAAAGAAUCCCGCAAGGCUAUAAUGUGCAAAGGCUUUGGCUCCACUCUGAUAGGACCUGCCCUACAAUGUUACAUCAACCUACCCACUAGGUCCAUAUCCUCUUUUGGGAGCCUCAGCGACAAGUUUGUGGAGCAAUUCACAAGUAGUAGGAGCCUAGAGAAGACUUCAGACGGUCUCUACGAGAUUCUUCAGCAUCGGGUAGAACCCCUGCGAGAUUACAUAGUCCUCUUAAACCAAGAAAAGGUGGCAGUUCCCGAGUGUAGCAUUCCUACCACGAUCUCUGCCUUCAAAAGGGGCCUGCUUCCAGACGGGGGCCUCUACAAAGAACUAACCAUGUAUCCCUGCAAGACCAUGGAAGACGUGUUAUCCCGGGCCUGGGCACAACUGAAGUGGGAAGAAGACGUCGCUAGCCGCGCUAAGGCCCAGCCAAAGCAGGACCAAAAGUCGGCCCGAUCGAAUCAAGGAAAUCCGGAUGAAAGAUCCUCCCAAAGAGUGACCAAGGACUCCGGGAACAGAAACCGGGGCAGGUUCCAGUACCGACCCCUAGAAAAGGGAGAAGGAAUGUCGGUAUCCACUUUGCCUGACAUCUCCCAUCUCUCGAUAUCCACACCGGAGCUAGUCAACGUCUUGAGCCAGAUGGGCCAACAGGUCAAGUGGCCUCAAAAGAUGAAGGCACCUGACUCGUUCCGGAACCCUGGCCUCUGGUGCGACUUCCAUCGUGACCACGAUCACAAAACUGAAGACUGCGUCGCUCUAAGGAUCAAGGUCAAUGAACUACUCCAAAAGGGGCAUCUCUGGGAAUUCCUCUCAGAGAAAGCCAAGAACCAUCUAAAUAAAGAGGUGUCGGCGAAAUCUGCUGGAGCUAUACCCGCCUCACCUCCUUGCCACGACCGAGUGAUCCAUGUCAUAUCCUGA